AUGAAGAAAUAUGGAGUCCACCACCAACUGUCCACACCUUACUACUCCCAGACGAAUGGCCAAGCUGAAGUGUCCAACCGAGAGAUCAAGGUAAUCCUAGAGAAAACAGUAAACCCAACGCGAAAGGACUUGAGUCGUCGACUAGAGGACGCGCUCUGGGCAUACAGGACUGCCUUCAAAACACCGAUCGGGAUGUCCCCUUACCGUCUGGUAUUCAGGAAGAUGUGCCAUUUACCGGUGGGAAUUGAGCAUCAAGCCUUCUGGGCUAUCAAUGAGAUGAAUCUGAACGUCGAGGCCCGUGCUGAGGAGAGGAAGUUGCAGCUGCAGGAGCUUGAAGAGCUCCGCCUCGACGCGUAUGACUCUACCAUGUGGUAUAAUGAAAGAACGAAGAUGUGGCAUGAAAAAAACCUUAAAAAGAAGGAGCUCAAGGCAAGACAGAAGGUGCUACUAUUCCAAUCAAGACUUAAACUGAUGCCAGGGAAGCUGAGGUCAAGGUGGAUAGGCCCCUGUACCAUCAUCGCCAUACGAGCAAAUGGAGCAAUUGAACUUCAAGGAAGCGACCCUGACUCGUCUUCCUUCUUGGUGAAUGGCCAUAGAGUGAAGUUCUACAGGGAUGGAACCGAGGUGUGCGUGGUGGAAGAAAUUAAGAAAUUCCACUAUUCAUGCCUAAAUCUCUCCAGUGAUAGCAGGUAG